CACGUUGCAUCGAUACGGGAGGGAUUCGCUUCUCACGCGCACCUACCGCACGCGGUGCGUCAUCGCGAACAGCUGACCGGAGCAGCUCUGAAAGAUGGCGGGUGUGUGUCGGAUCAAUCGUACCGCCUUGUGCGUCAAACAAACUGCCUAGGAACACAGUUUCCUGCGUAAAUGUGUAAAUAAUUAUCGUGUCACUCGUCAUGGCGUUCCUGGAGUGGAGGCGCUUCAAUUUUUUCGAUCUGAAGAAGGAGGUUGACGAGGGAAAAAUCGCCGAGACAUUCGGAGACGCGCAAGUCACAGCGGCCACCAGCGGCAAUGGCAACUUGGUGUUUGGCGAUAACACAGGCAACGUACAUCUGGUGAACAGGGCUUACGAGGUGACGACUUUCCGAGCCUAUGAACUCACACUGGUCUUGGCGCAGCAAGUUCAACAUUCCACCUUCCUGUUCACCAUUGGUGAAGAUGAGCCUGGCUGCAAUCCUACCAUAAAGGUUUGGAAUUUGGCUAAGCCUGACAAACAUGGCAAUCCAACAUGUGUUCGAAUAAGCAGAGCCAUACCUAGUUACAGAGCUGUCCCAGCGACAGCUCUAUGUGUCCACACUAGUCUGACAUUGAUGACUGUUGGCUUUGGAGAUGGCUCUAUUAUGCUGUACAGAGGUGACUUGACGCGUGAGAGGAAAAAUAAGAUAAGAGUCCUGAAGGAUACUAAUUUGUCGAUUACCGGUCUCGCGAUAAAAUCGACCGGCAAGCAGACGCAUCUAUUUGUCGCCACGCAGAACUGUGUGUUUUUAUACAAUGUUACUGUUAAGGAUAAAGAACUCAAAUCCACCUUGGACACCAUGGGCUGCUCGCGCAAAUGUAGCGUACUCGCUGAAUCGAUACAGGACAGCCAUUUUAUGAUUGGACGCAAUGACGCCAUCUAUUGUUACACACCAGACGGCAGAGGUCCGUGCUACGCCGUGGAGGGUCAAAAGGUAAUGCUGGAAUGGUUCAGAACGUACCUAGUGAUAGUGGCGAAAGAAGCAAUGAACGUUCCAAGGACGACGACUAUAUCCGGCAAAGCAAACACGAUAGAGCCGAUCCCACCUGGCGUAGACAAACACGUCAUCACUGUACUCGACAUACAAAACAAAUUCAUCGUGUUUUCCGCGCCAAUGUUGUCUGUCCAGGCGGUCCUGUCCGAGUGGGGUGGAUUUUUCAUACUCAGCGGAGACAACAAGUUGUAUCAUUUAGACGAGAAGGACUUGCAGUCUAAAUUAGCGUUACUUUUCAAAAAAAAUUUGUACGAUGUUUCUAUCAGAAUAGCUAAAAGUCAGCAAUACGACGCUGAAGGCCUCAUAGACAUCUUCCGUCAGUACGGCGAUCAUUUGUACUCCAAGGGUGACCACAACGCCGCGAUAGAGCAGUACAUAAAGACUAUAGGCAAAUUAGAACCAUCCUACGUAAUAAGGAAAUUCUUGGAUUCCCAGCAUAUCGACAACUUAACGACAUAUUUGCAAGCUUUACAUAAAAAUGGACAAGCCACUGGGGAUCACACUACCUUACUGUUGAAUUGUUACACUAAACUCAAUCAUACCGACAAACUGAAAGAAUUUAUCAUGACAAAAGAUCGCGAGGUCGAUUUUGACGUAGAAAUAGCGAUAAAAGUUUGCCGGCAAGCAUCGCCAGAGGAUGCUCUAUUGCUCGCGCAGAAACAUGGCAAGCACGAGUGGUAUCUUCGGAUUCAGAUCGAGGACAAACGGGAGUAUCGAAAGGCUCUCGAGUACAUGGCGACGUUAGAAUUCGAAGAGGCAGAAGUUAAUAUGAAGAAGUACGGGAACGUCUUAAUUGAGAAUGUGCCAAACGAGUCUACUCUAUUUCUGAAAGCUUUAUGCACGAAUUAUAAGCCUUCCAACAAACCACUCGUAGAUCAGGAAGCUCUAGAUGGUUAUAUAGAGCAGCGCGUCGAUAGAGCCAAUCCUGAGGAUUUCAUCCACCUAUUCCUUAACAAUUCCGAACGACUCGUCGAGUUUUUAGAGCAUUUAGUUAAGUCGGAUACAAGAUGGAGUACACUUGUCUACAAUACAUUGGUAGAGCACUAUUUGCACGUUUGGUCGGCUUUAGAUAACGAUGUAGCUAAAGUACAAUACGAGCAGAAAAUCGUGCGGCUUCUGCAGAAUACGGAAGCUCGUUACGAUAAGCACCAAAUAUUAAUACUCUGUCAUCAGCAUAAUUUUAGGAAAGGAUUGCUAUUCCUCUAUGAGGAGAGCAAACUAUAUCAAGAGAUAUUGAGAUUUCAUCUGCGGGAAGGAGACAGCGAGCAAAUUUUAGCCACGUGUAAAAGCUUCGGUCAUCAGGAUCCUAAUUUGUGGGUCCAGGCCUUGUGGAGUAUCGCCAAGAACAAGGACGCGCCGACGAAGCUUCUUGCGGACAUAUUAGCUUAUAUCGCUCAGGAAAGACUAUUAUCUCCCCUGAUGGUCAUUGAUGCGAUCUCCACGUCAUUGACCUGCACACUGGGAGACGUUAGAACAUAUUUGUACAGCGUACUACGAGCGGAACACGAGCAAACUCAGGCUGACGUGGAGUUGACGGAGAAGUACAGAGCCGAUACUCUGAAGCUGCGCGAACGUAUAGAAGCGAUAAAGAACAGCACGAUAAUCUUUCAAGGUUCGCGAUGCAGCGCAUGCCAUCAUCAACUAGAAUUACCGUCUGUGCACUUUAUGUGUCAGCAUUCGUACCAUCAGCAUUGCUUCCAAAGCUUCUCAGAAAACGAGAACGAGUGCCCGGCAUGUCUGCCGAAUAACAACAAAUCGCUGGAUAUUAUAAGAGCGCAGGAACAAUCGAAAGACUUGCACGACUCUUUCCACAGUCUUCUCGAUCAAGCGGAGGACCCGUUUUCCUUGGUAGCCGAUUAUUUUGGUAGAGGCGUCUUCAAGAAGAUAAUGGUAAUCACCGAUACGGACAAAUCGUUGCCUACUCCGACCAAAUUGGAGGAGCCUAAGCUGAACUACGGGCCGGGCGCAGAAGCGAGGCUCAGGUUGAGCGAAGGAAAGAGCUCUAUAUCAGGUAAAACGGAUACACGACGAGCCGCAUAUGAAGUCCACAUGACGGAGGAGCGUUUACGAAGUUUCCCGAAACCAGACGCGUAUUCUUCGUCGUUGGAGGCCAAUAUCUCGGGCACGGGUAGCGGUCUGUCGACACCGCGGGUUAACUCCGCGAAAGCCUCGCCGGUGCCGAUCAGAGAAGCUCGUAUUCUCAAUAGCAACACGCCAAUGUCGUCGCCGAGCGAGAAACUUUUUAUCCCGCCAAAGAACUCCAUCGUGCCAUCGAAUCCCUUCGAGACGGACGAUUACGACGAGUCUAAAAAUCCCUUCGCCAAGGAUAUUGACGACGACGCGACUAAUCCUUUCAAAGACGAUACUGAUAACGACAACGGCAAGGGUGGCAACGGUGAUGACGAAGACCAUUACAACAGAAAUUUGAACCCGUUCAGCAGAUAAACAAUACUUUUACGUGCUGCAAGGAUACAACGCAAGCCAGAACCGACAUUUAUGUACACUGAUGAAUAUUUCACGAUACGUAAGGAGAAGAAAACAAAGAAGAGACCGUAUAAGUACAUAAGAGGGGCAAGUGUUACACAAUGAACCUAAUAUACUACGUGUAAGCUUGUAUAGUCCAUAUUUCAAUUUUGUAUGCCGCAAACUUGUUAGAUUUAUCAGCAUUAUGUUGCUACUACACCAUGCUAAACAUUAGUUGGCAAAGCUGGAUUAAAAAACUAAUACACUGCUGUGUGUUGGUUUAUAGAUACAUAUGGCUUAAUGUCCAUCUAGAAUGGUACAACGACAAGUGUCCAACAUACUGUCGUUUCUUCGGUAAGAAGUGCAGUGUUUAAAAUCGAUGCCAGCUAAAACACGGUAAAAUAAAUCACACAGAGACUCGAAAAAUUGCUGAAUGAAACUUCAGUAAUGUAGGAAUACAUUAAUGCACCUUUAUUGUGAUGGUUUGUGAUGUGAGAGGAAGGGAGGAGACAAGACCAAUCGCAAAUUGGCUGCUACGAAAUUUCUUAUUUCGUCGCGUCGCACUGUGUAUCACGUUCCGCAUCAAAAGCGCUUUCGUUCCGUCACAAUCGUAAUGUAAUCUCUAAGGAUAAAGUGAAUUAAAGCAAAGUGGAACCAAGAUUAAUAUAAUCAUGCCUUUGUAUGCUGUAUCUACUUGGAUAGAAAACAGCAUAUAUACAGAUAUUGAUAUAUACACACACAGACUAUAAGAUUGUACAAUUAUACUAGCAAUAAGGAAAUAAAAGGUUACGAAUCUAUA